AUGGCUGCUAACCACAGCGACGGGUUGAUGGGGCGACUUCGUAGGCGCGGCCUACAAUUGAUGGCUUUUCGAUUUCUGGCACUUCCAGGCGAGAUUCGAACCAUGGUCUACCGAGAGGCCCUCGUCACUACAACACCCGAAGGCCUCAAGGAGGAUGUGUGUUCCUUGGCCCAACCGCCCCUUGCACGUGUCAGUAGGCAGCUCCGCGCCGAGGCUCUACCUAUCUUCUAUGGAGAGAACAAUCUUGUCAUUCGCAUCGAAAACCACUCUAUGAGGCCGGUCUUCAGUCACGAAUGCCGCCGGGGGGUUGACGUGGCGUACAAGCGCUACAUCGCAAUGUUCGAGGCGUUUUCGGCCUCGGGAAGUGACGGCCCAGGAACCAGCUGCAUCAGCCACAUCAAAAACAUUCUCGUCACUUACGACCAAUAUCAUCACAUUGGAGAUUCUUCAACCAUUGGAUUUUGUCUGAACUACUCGAAGCCUGGCCCAUACGGGUUGCCCGACUGGGUCAGAAUCUGCGAGAGCGUCGUCGACUGGGCAGACUUCACUACUGUGCGAACUGCCUUGCUCAACGAGUUGGACGCAUGGGUGCUGGAAGAAACAAUAACCCUGUUGGACCUGUUCCCUAGGGCACGCAUAACGGCGAUGCUAUGGUUCUGUGCAAAGGAGUGCCCGCUUGCAGCCAAGCAUGUGGAGUUGUGGUACGACGAACUCGAUUACUUUUACCGCGACGAUUCUGACUCCUGA